GAAGCUUCCUUCUUCGCCUGCUCCACUUUCUCUUCCUGUCUCUCUCUCUUUCUCUCGUUCGAUGGGAAGAACUCCGUGCUGCGACAAGGCCAACGUCAAGCGAGGACCGUGGUCGCCGGAGGAGGACGCCUCCCUGAAAAGCUACAUCGAGAAGAACGGCUUCGGAGGCAACUGGAUCACUUUGCCCCUAAAAGCAGGCCUCAAGAGAUGCGGCAAGAGCUGCCGCCUGAGAUGGCUCAACUACCUCCGCCCUAAUAUCAAGCACGGCGGAUUCACGGAGGAGGAGGACGGCAUCAUUUACGCUCUCUACGAUCGAAUCGGAAGCAGGUGGUCGGCGAUUGCUUCCCACUUGGCGGGGCGAACGGACAACGAUGUGAAGAACCACUGGAACACCAAGCUCAAGAAGAAGCUGCUCACGGCGAAGGCCGUCCGCACUGGAUCCCUCGCCUCGUCUGUUCCCAUCAAAAACGAAGCUCUCGACCGGGCCGAGUUCAACUUCGCCGACGCUAGUCCUCUUCCACUACCCAGCGACCAGAUGCCGUUCCCUGAGACGAAUUUCGUCGAGCAUGUGGUGUCCCCGACGGAGGAACCCUCGGCGGCUCCGUCGUCAUCGGUGAGCAGCUGGUGUAGCUCGUCCGACGAGAUGUUCCUCUCGGCCCUCGGGCUGGGAGACGCCGGCGACUUCUUUCUCGGCAGCUAUGGCUAUGACCACCAGGAAAUCGAAACAAUUCCAUGGAACCCAGGAACCGACGACAGAGAAGAAGACUAGCAGUAGUCGCGAUUAGUAACAUCUUUAACUGCUAUUGGGAAAGUGGUCAGAGGCCAUGAGAAUCGCAUGGAUGGUGUAACUGCAGUCUGAAAGCUAAUGCCGAGCCGCCGAGGAAGGUGGCGAGCCAUCAGACUUUUCUCCCUGCACCGAGAUUCUCUCUCACUGUUUACUCUUCUCUUUUGUUUCUCAUGAGCCAGUGUUCAAUGGGCCUGCAACUUGCACGAGUUCAAUCAUGUUCUCUUUUGUUAGCAAUUUGGUUGCAUAAUAAAGAGCUUGUUGCUGUC